AGGAGGUACCUAGGCCAGGUGAAAGAAGAGGGGAGCCGGGAGCGAGUGGAGGAAGAUGAUGAUGCACAAAUACAUGGGGAAGGGCAGUGGGAAGAGCAACGGGGCACAGGCGGUGUGCAGUGGGAGGAGGGGCAGGUGAUGGGGGCGGGGAGUGAAGGCUCUGAUGGGAGGUAA